CGUAGCUCGAACAUUGGUGUGAUUCGGUGGCCAUGCAGGUGAUUUUCCCGGUCAUCCUGCUGGCGGCCCUGAAAGCAACUGCCGCAGAUGUGGUGCAGAGCUCAGCCCGACCAUUGCGGUCCUCCAUGAUGGAAAAAGUCCUCCGGCGAAGGCUGGACGGCAACACGGCGGACAGCACCUCGUAUCCUUACAGCGGCACGUCCUACGGCUAUGGUGGCUACAGUACGACCCAGAACUAUGGAUACAGUACAUCUUACCACGCUGGCACUGGCGACGGCAGCGUCAGCUGGCAGAGCUGUGAGGAACAGUGGUGCUACGUUACCAUCUACAACGAGACCGGAGGGGUAGACUGGAACAAAACCUACGAGAACUAUGAGCGUGGCUAUGGGUAUGGCUACACCUGUGCCACCUAUGAAGAAGGAUGCACUUGCGACGAAGAGUGGGAGGUCGAGUGCAACAGCAAUGGCUACCAGAUGUGCUACCCGAAGACACUCUACGAGACACAGGGCUGCUUUGAUCCCUAUGCAGUGAACUGCAACAAUGAGACAGAACAUUAUUGCGUGGACGACUGGGGCGGCUAUUGCUAUGACAAGUCUUGGGGCAGUUGCCCAGUGACGUGCACCGAAGAUCAAACGUAUUGCUAUUCCUAUGUCUAUGAUUCUACAGGAUCAGUGAACUGGACGGCUCCACAGAUCCAGUUCUGCACCAAUGCAAGCACCGGCUGCCCUUGCAACGAAGAGUUGGAGGUUGAGUGCGAGAGCUAUGGCUAUAAGAUGUGCUACCCGAAGACAGAGGGCUGCUAUGAUCCCUAUGCAGUGAACUGCAACAAUGAGACAGAACAUUAUUGCGUGGACGACUGGGGCGCCUAUUGCUAUGACAAGUCUUGGGGCAGUUGCCCAGUGACGUGCACCGAAGAUCAAACGUAUUGCUAUUCCUAUGUCUAUGAUUCUACAGGACAGGUUGAUGAUGUGUUGGUGAUGAUCAGUGAACUGGACGGCUCCACAGAUCCAGUUCUGCGCCAAUGCAAGCACCGGCUGCCCUUGCAACGAAGAGUGGGAGGUUGA